CCGCCAUUGGGGCUGUCAUUAUCAGCCACCCCGAUGCCGAAGUCGUGAAACGUGAUAUUGAAUUUAUCAGGUGAGCUAAUGGCAACGAAAAAAUAUUUCGUAUGCAUUUCAAUUGAUUUGAUCGCUUUCUCAUGUACGGACCUGUGGAUACUCUUUUUCAACGAUCUUCUUUUCGUCACUGUCUUUUAGGCUAAUGGAACAAAUCAAUGGUUUUUUUGUGUACGAGUCCCAACCAACACAGUUGACGAAUCCAGACGACAAGGUCCGAAGAACGAAGGCAGGAACCAAAAAUCACAGACGUCUACUCUCGGCAGAUGGACCCAAUCUCCUMAGAAUGAUGUCAAAUGACCGCCCCGAGCUCUGUCGUCCAUUGGUSAGACACAUGACAACCAUUGAUUCGUCGAAAGAGGCAGUUGUCAUCACUGAUCCUUAUUCUACUGGCUGUGUAGUGGCAAGCGAAGUGAUGAAACGUGGAUUCAGUGUCAUUGCUCUCUGGACGAAAGAUAUCUCCGAUGAGUUGAGAUACCAUACUCCCCUGAGUUGCUCUGGGAUGAAUGAAUUCUUCGCAACCAUCGAAGAAAAAGAUGAUCUCAUGGCAACGAUGGAAGAAAUUUACAAUGUAGCAGGAACGAAAAAGAUUGUUGCUUGUUUUGCUGGAGGUGAAAUAGGAGUUGACUUGGCGGAUCGCCUAUCCGAGCGCAUGAAGCUUCGUACUAACGGUACAAAGCAUUUUAAUCGACGUGACAAAAAAGUUCAACAGGAGAUUAUUCGCAAACAYGGGUUGCGCUCGGUUCGUCAGGCUGGGGGCGCAGAAUUCUCGGAAGUGGAGGAAUUCUUGAAAACAGAAUCGUAUCCAGUUGUCCUCAAGCCAAACGAAGCUGCGGGAAGCGAAGGCGUGAAACUAUGCAACUCCUUUGAAGAAGCAAAGGAGCACUUCGAGGCCCUUAUGGCUAGCCAACUUCAAGUAGGAGGACCUUGCCCAAGUGUUCUCUGUCAAGAGUUCUUGAGGGGCAAAGAAUAUGUAAUCGACCAUGUCUCUCGGGAUGGCAUUCAUAAAACCACUAUGUUGUGGUCAUAUGACAAGCGGCCUUUGAAUGGUUCAGAUUUUGUUUAUUUUGGAACUUUGCCAGUUGACGCUAAUAGUCCAGAAGCAAAGAUAUUGAUUCCAUACGUCAGAGGAAUUCUGGAUGCCAUGGAAAUUGCCAAUGGAGCAUCCCAUGCCGAAGUGAUGAUGACUCCAAAUGGACCAUGCUUAGUUGAGAUGAACGUCAGAGCGCAUGGGGGAGACGGCAACUGGGUGCCUUUGGCAAGUGCUUUGACAGGCGGGUACACCCAAGUGGAUGCUACCGUCGACUGCUAUUUGGACAAACAAAAGUUCGCUACCAUUCCAGAUGUUUAUCCCAGCCCUUUCAAUGCGGCCGGACAAGAAGUGUAUCUUGUUUCAAGAGGACGUGGCAAAGUACGAUUUACGCCUGGAUUUGAAGUCAUCAGAAGUUUGCCUAGUUUUGUCUACCUUGAAACUGGUGUGAUGCCUGGGGGUUAUGUUGAUUUCACAGUAGAUCUUUUCACAGCUAUUGGGAGUGUCAUGUUGAUGCACAAGGAUCCUGCAGUCGUGGACGCUGAUAUCAAGAAGAUUCGUGAGAUGGAAGCAAACAACGAGAUUAUAGAAUACGAGCCACAAUUGGCAACUCUUAAAUAAAACUAUAAAUGAUWCAACAACAAUUGUUCAACUUUGAAGAUGAUUGCAACAACACUCAUUGAGCUUAUGCCAGCAGAAGCACACGCUUCUUUCGCUCGUAUCGAGGCCCUUCGAUUAGGAUAGUACUCGUUCUGAACUAUGGCAAAAGGAAUAAUCUAUAACGGGAGUU